AUGGCGACAAUUCAGGAGUUGCUGGCUACAAAGCCUUCCGGGAACUCACAGCAAACGCAAUAUGUAGACACGGUAGAAGCAUACGAUAAAUGGGCUGAGGUCUACAACACAGACGGAAACUUCCUCCAACGCCUCGACACAAUCGAGAUGCAUUCCCUACUACCCCAAUUCGUCGACCGAGUUAGCAAACGCUUCCAACCAGAGACCCAGGACACCGAUACCAAGACCCGCCCCACCCUAGUAGAUCUAGGCUGCGGCACCGGCCGCAACACAAUCCAACUCCUCUCCGCACUAUCUACAGCCAACAAAGCCAGUUCUUUUACCGUAAUCGGACUAGAUGCUUCGAGCGGGAUGUUGGACGUAGCGCGGACUGCGACACGCGAGUAUGCGAAAAGCGCAACGGAGACGGACGUUGAGCUCGGUAUGCUUGACCUCCUUCAACCCGUAUCAAGAACGCAGCUUCCGUCUUCGUUGUAUGGAGAGGGUGCUGUGGGCGUGAUAUCUACGCUGGUGCUGGAACAUAUUCCGCUUGAACGGUUUUUUGCGGCUGCGGCGGGGAUUAUGAGGCCUGGUGGGUAUUUGCUUGUGACGAAUAUGCAUGCUGAGAUGGGGACGAGGAGUCAGGCGGGGUUUACGGAUGGGAGGGGGAUUAAGAUUCGGCCUACGAGUUAUUGUCAUGAUAUUCCUGAUGUUUUGGAUGCUGCUAGGGAGGCUGGGUUUGAGGUUGAGGAGGUUAUUGGUGCUGGUGCGGAUCGGGUUGUUGUUAGGGGGGUUGAUGAGCAGUUGGGGGAUGUUUUGGGGGCGAGGGCGAAGAAAUGGGUUGGGGUUAGGGUUUGGUUUGGGGUUUGUUUUGUUAAAAGGGGUUGA